CACAGGGCCAAGCCACUCUUUCAUCUGCAGCAGAAAGCAUAGACUUCACCUAUUUCAAGCACGCUGAAGAGGGCUGUUACAAAUUUGCUCCUGACAUUACCAACAGAUAACCUCGACAUGGCACACGGCAAAGAGAGGCAAUUCUUGUUUCAUUUCACGUUGCUGUUCUCAUUCAUUCUGACCUCAUCUCUGAAAACCCUCGACUCAGACCAAGAGCUGCAGGACAGUGGGUUUGGUCAACCACCGCCUCGCCACGGCCUCAAGUUGCUGGUGUGGUAUGUUCAGAACUGCCUGGACAACAACAUGGUGGCUCUGUGUGAUCCCACACAAGGAGAGUAUGGAUUUCAUGUGUUUCUGAACCGAGGGCCCAGGCGUCUGCUUCCAGUGAUAAAGGACAAAAAGCAAUACAGAUACUAUACCAUCGGAAACCUCCACGCUCCUCAUGCCGAGGACCUGCCAUAUGAAGUUAGGAAGUACUACAACCGCAGUGACCCUGAAAGUAACAAGGACAGAGUUUUGGUGAGAUACAACAACAACAAUAAACACAUUGAAACGAUCUAUGCGUCUGCACAUUAUAAGGCAAAAGAGACAUACAUAAUUGGCCCCAACCUUGUUGCCUCUCUUCGACAGCCAACAGCCGUCGCUAGUAUCGAAAUGUGAUGUACUUCUGUUGCAAGAUCUCUCUGUGAAAACUUCAAGAGCUCUGUGACUUUUCAAGAAAUCCCGAUGGAAUUUCAAUUUUUUUUUCUUUUAAAAAGUUUAGAUAUAUUUGGUUGCUGCUUUUCUUUGUAGUCAA